AUUGCCGACGUGUCAUGAUUCCGUCAUCUUGACAUCCUCUUUAUGAUCAAGUUGAUGAGGGGUAAGUCACAUACUCUCAAAAAUAUAUGCUUUUACCUUCUACUUGUUUGACUUAAAAGAAAGAUAAGUCAUUGUUAUUUCGUGUAGUCACACCAAUGUCAGUGGAAUGCAGUGAACACAUGAACUACUUGAAUACAGCGACACCACAGACUAGCGGACCUCAAGUGACGACAGACUAAGAAAGCUGUGUUUAUCCAAGGACAAUUUCCGGCACCCAUCAACAUCGUUAAGACUGUACGGCAGCUCAACAUUUCAGCAGAUUUGCCUAUUUACCCAACCACCACAGAUAUUUAUAGUUUUGUUGUAUGAUGUGGGAAAACCCGAUACGGUAGACUUCGUUGACACCCGCAAGAAACAUCGAGUAGAAAUGACUUGAUCCGCCAUCUUUCCAUUUUCUUUUAUGACCAGAGUAACAGAGCUGUCUGCCAUCAUCAAGCACAGAGAGGACAUGACAGUCUGUAUCCUGUCCUGACAGACCGCAGACGACAGUCGCUGCCUCUUAUAGACUUGGUCCUGCUGAGGGGAGACCACUGCCAGCCAUGUCUGGUCCCCCGCCGUCUGCUUCACAACAGGGAGAAUGCUGGAAAGGAGGCCCUGGAGGAGAAAGUUCUAGAGGCGGCGCAGGAGUCGAAGUUUACCUACACGCUGUGACCGACGAACAGGCUGCACUACUUCAGAAUACAGAAAGCAUAUGUCUACUUGACGAGGUGAGAACAAAGUCAGGCGCUGACGUAAACUUUGACCUCAACUCGUCACCUGUACUCGGUAGGAAGUUUGUCACCAUACGUGGUGUUCAAUCUCAGAUCGACGAAGCAGUCAAGCUCAUCAAUCAAAAGUUAACAUUAUCAGAACAAGCACAGACAUUCUGGUUACAAUGGGUUGAGGCCGCGUUCCCUGAUCUCGACUCUGACGCCUACUUCCUGCCUCCUGUCUACUUCAACCGCGUGCCGAUGACCAGCGAGUCCAUUGCUGAUGAGAGUAUUGUGGUCCUUCAGCCAGCACCUGGAAAGGCCGGUCAUUGCAACAAACAAGCGAUGACUCCACCUGCUGCUGGUCAGGCUCCCAGACCUCAAGCUACUGGAGUUCAGGACAGUGAUACCAGAGACGAUGCCACCAUGAAUCGGGUUCUGAUGUGUCUGCAGACAAUGUCUAAACAGAACAAAGAAGUUUUGGUAGGACUUAGUCAGCUGAAGUUCGGACAGUACUUGAGUGAACCUUGUUACUCAGCCGCAGUUGCCCAGUUACCUGUCGCCCUCAGUCUUCCGUCAUGUCUGCCCCGAAACUGGAAACAAGGAGACUUUGAUGUACUUCUUCUUCACCGACAUUUUGGUUUGGUCGUACUUGAGUUGAAAGCAUUUGGUGACAACCUACAGAAGCUGAAAAUGUCACAGCAGGAAAUAGAUAAUCAAAUCAAAAAGAAGCUUAAAGAGGCCGUGUCACAGCUGGACAAGGCGGAGGCCAUGUUGUCUCACCUGGUGUCCGACAUCACUCCCGGUCUGCGCAUCACUAAGACCAUCGCUUUCCCCAACCUCACGGCUCGUCAACUUCAACAGGCCAUCUCCGGCGACACCCACAUAGCUCAAGUGAAAGCUUAUGCUGGUCACCGCUACACGUCGUUGGGAGUAGCUACUGGACAGACACAGCGGCACGUGACUGAGGUCUGUCUUGAGCAGCGGUUAGCAGGUCCUCAUUAA